AUGAAAAUUGAAAUGUCCCAAAAACAAGCCACUUUAGUUCACAUAGAUGAAGACUACAUUGACAUGGAACUAACAUCUCCCACAAAUUUCUUCUCUUAUUCCUUUGGUUCUCCAUCAAACAACCCUAGAGAAUUUGAAUUCCAAAUGAGUUCAAUCUCAAAUGAAAAAGAUUCCAAAACUACCCCUGCUGAUGAUCUCUUCUACAAAGGUAAACUCCUCCCUCUUCACAGCCCUCCUCGUCUUCAAAUGGUUCAAAACCUUCUACAAAACACCAACUUAGAACACUCUACUAGUACUUCUUUUCCUUUCACACCUCCCUCUUUUUCUACUUACACCCCUCUAGAUUCCUGCAAUAUUUCAUCCUCAGAAUCAUGCAGGGUUAGCAGUGAAGUGAACCCAGAUGAGUAUUCCUUCGAAAUGAACCCCCUUGUUGUUAGUGAUUCACCAAAGAUUAAAUCUUGGCCUAAGAAACUCAAAAUGAUGAACCAGUUACUCUUUGGUCAAAAACUCAAAGCUUCAAAAGCUUAUCUGAAAUCCUUGUUCAACAAAUCUGGUUGUUCAGAUAAACCAUCAUGUGCUAAUGAUCCAAACAAGGUGGCAUUUGUAAUGCAAAACAAAAACAAGACAAAAAACAAAAACCCAUUUGAGAUUUUCUAUGAAGAUGAUAAGAAACAAAUGAAAAGAGAGAUUGUUGAAGAAGAUGACUUUGUGAGUCAUAGGAAAUCUUUCUCUGGUGUUGUUCAAAGACAAUAUUGUGCUAACAAGUCCUCGUCUUUAUCGACAUCUUCAUCCGGGUCUAGUUCGAAUUCUUCGUCUUUUUCUUUUAGUUCAGCUGGGUACUAUGAUUUACAGUUGUUUAAGAGAAGCAUUAGUGCUAAUUAUGAGUUGGAAGGUUCAAUUGAAGGCGCUAUUGCACAUUGUAAACAGUCUCAGUCUCAGUCUCAGUCUCAGCAACAAUGUUGUUCAAAGAAUGGUUCUUCAGAUGAUGAUGCUAGGAUUUGUCCUCAAAUUGUUGCCACAAAAGUUGCAGUUUGUGAAGAUAAAGAAACUACUGAAACAAGCAACACAGUGUGA